ACGAGUGUGCCGGAAGGACCACUUUCGAUGAGAGGGUCUGGCAGUACGCCCGGCAUGAGAUCUAGAUCUAAUGAAAAGAUGCUGAAUGGUUAAGACACAAUCGGAGCCCGAUUCAGAUUCAAGACUCAAAGUGUUGAAACGUGAUUGUCCUGACGUCCUACUAGCAUUGCCGAUAUCCUGUCUUCAGUCAUCGCUGGAAACCUGGAGGUGCAACCAUGGCCAAUUCCAGCCGUAUGGGGAAUCGGUCAGCUACUGGUCCGUUUCUUGACGACUAUUACUUCGAUGACAACGAUACUUUCCCAGCGGCAAACGCCACCCCGACGUUCGCAUCGCUAACUCUCAAACACGAUGCGAACGUCCGCAUCCUCACGCUGUCUAUCAUGGUGGUGUUCGGCGUGGUCGGAAACAUGUUGGUCUUCGCCUGGAUGUGGCGGAAUCGCCGUCGCAAGUCCAACGUGAACUACAUGAUCCUCGGUCUGGCUAUCGCCGAUCUGUCGGUGGUGACGGUCACCAUGCUGACCCAGAUCAUCUGGGAGUCCCUGGAGGAGCGAUGGUUCGCCGGAAACGUCAUGUGUAAGGUCAUCAAGGUAGGACAGGCUCUUGGGCUGAUGGCUUCCAGCAACAUGCUCGUAGUGAUUGCCAUCGACCGCCACCACGCCAUCCGCAGCCCCAUGAAGGUCGCGCUCCCGGCGAAGCGGAUGAUCGUCGCCGCGUACUCCGUCGCCCUGGUCUGCUCCUUACCGCAAGCCUACAUCUUCAGAGAGGUGACGUUGCCGACGGGUGAAAGCUUCUGCAAGGCGAUAUUCAGCGAGGUGGAGAGAUGGCACCUGCAGGCGUACAUCACGUACGUUGCCAUGGUGCUCUUCUCGGUCCCCCUGCUCAUCAUCAUUGUCGCCUACGCCAGGAUCCUGAAGAAGAUCUCCGACAGGGUGCGGGACGGCAAGUCGCCGCUGUCCACUAGCAGAAGCAACAGGAUUUACAUCCAGAGCAACAACAACGAUGCGAUGAUCCGCGCCAAGAUGAAGACGUUGAAGAUGACGAUGGUCAUCAUCCUGACCUUCAUCAUCUGCGGCACGCCGUACUUCAUCGUGGAGAUGUGGACGGCGUUUGGAGAUCCAGCAACGCUGGACAUGAGAGUCGUCGGAGUUUUGGGCAUCUUCGCCAGCGCCAACACAGCAACCAACCCGUUCGUCUUCCUCUACUUCAACACCAAGUCUGACUGCCUGUCCAGCAUCUUCGGGCGACGGAAAGAAACCCAGAAGGCACGAAACACCACCAGACUGGACGGCACGGAGAUGGGACGCCUGACGGCAGGCGCGACAAUCGCCAGAUCAGAGUCCCGCGAUCCUACACACAUCCAGGCUGGUAGCAGCCGGACUCUUUAUGAACACGUGCUGUGAAGUUUCCAGUCCAUGUGCAGUAGAAGUAGCA